AUGCCAGACUCGAACUGUCAGCCGGCUCGCCUGGCAACCGCAAGACGUCUGCUCUGGCCGGGCAUGGGCGAUUGCUUAAAUCACGACUUUUGUGCCCGCCUCGACAUCAAACCGCCUGAAAGAGCUGCCAAAGGUGAGCCUGCCUCCGGCAUCGCGGGCGCAAAGCGUCAGUCUGCAAGAAGUCGCCAUAAAUCUCCUCUUAAGCGAGCAGCAGAGUUCCGUUUGCUUGACAGGUCUGGCUGGGCUUUGCUGGGAGAAUAA